CGUCCCCGCGCAGGGAGGAGGAGGAGGAGGCGGCGUUGUCCAGUGAAGGUGCCGCCUUUCCCGAGCGGCUUCUCCCGGCGGGGCAGCACCGGCUGCCCCUGCGGCUCCGGUGCCUCCUCCCUUCCCCUCGGAGGAGCGGGGGGCGGAAGAUGCUGUGCCUCCCGGUCGCCUUCCAGUUGCUGCUGGUGCUGGUGCUGUGCAGCCAGGGCACGGAGAGGUGUCCGGCAGCCUUCUGCGAGUGUUCCGACUGGGAUGACUACAAAAUCACUUGCAGGGACAUCCACUUCAUUCCCAGCCUUCCUGAGGACACCCAGACCCUGAGGUUUAUGGAGACUCAUCUAAGAACAAUUCCAAGUGACGCUUUUUCCAAUCUCCCCAACAUCUCUAGGAUCUACAUCUCCAUCGAUGAAACACUUCAGAGUCUGGAGGCCCAUUCCUUCAACAGUUUAAGUAAAGUCACUCAUAUUGAAAUUCGAAAUCUUAGAAACUUGGAUUACAUAGAUCCAGAUGCCUUUAAGAAUCUCCCACUUUUAAAAUACCUUGGUAUUUUUAAUACCGGACUCAAAGCAUUUCCAGACCUCACCAAAAUCUACUCAUCUGAUGUGAACUUUUUACUCGAAAUUGCAGAUAAUCCUUUCAUGACUUCAGUGCCUGCAAAUGCUUUCCAUGGGCUUUGUAAUGAAUCUCUAACUCUCAAACUCUACAAUAAUGGUUUUACCAGUAUCCAAGGCCAUGCUUUUAAUGGGACAAACCUGGACGCUAUCUAUCUGCACAAGAACAAAUACCUGGAAGUUAUCAAUGAUGAUGCAUUUCUGGGAGUGCACAGUGGACCAACACUACUGGAUGUCUCCAGAACAGCCAUUGCUAACCUUCCAGCCAAAGGAUUGGAAAACCUUAAAGAACUAAUGGCCAAAAACACAUGGACUUUAAAGAAAUUACCAGCUGUAAAGAUAUUUCUUCAGCUAAUGCGAGCUGACCUAUCAUAUCCAAGUCAUUGCUGUGCUUUCAAGAGCUGGAAAAAAAACAGCGGAAUCCUGGAGUAUCUGACAUGUAACCAGAGCAGCAGUCACAGCUUUCGUAAAAGAAGAUCAGUCAAAACUCUCAGAGGUCCAUUUUACAAAGACUAUGCAGAAGAAUACACAGACCAUACCGAUUCUAUAUAUGACAAAAACACCAAGUUCACAAAUUUCCAUGAAAAUUCCCAUUAUUAUAUUUUUUUGGAAGAACACGGAGAAGGAAAUUUUGGGUUUGGCCAAGAGCUCAAGAACCCUCAAAUGGAAGAUGUCCAGACUUUUGACAGUCAUUAUGACUAUCCUAUCUGCGGAGGCAAUGAAGAUGUAAUUUGCACUCCAGAGCCUGAUGAGUUUAAUCCCUGUGAGGAUAUAAUGGGAUAUCAAUUUCUGCGGAUUGUGGUGUGGUUUGUGAACCUGCUGGCCAUCCUAGGUAACAUUUUUGUCCUUUUCAUCCUUCUCACCAGCCAUUAUAAACUGACUGUACCACGCUUUCUGAUGUGCAACUUGGCCUUUGCGGAUUUUUGCAUGGGGUUAUACCUCCUCCUGAUCGCUUCUGUGGAUCUCCACACCAGGUCAGAGUACUAUAACCACGCCAUAGAGUGGCAGACUGGACCUGGCUGCAACACAGCUGGCUUUUUCACCGUCUUUGCUAGUGAACUUUCUGUUUACACGCUGACGGUGAUCACCUUGGAGCGCUGGUACGCCAUCACCUUUGCCAUGCGCCCGGACCGAAAGAUUCGCCUGCGGCAUGCCCUGGUCAUCAUGCUGGGAGGGUGGCUCUCCUGCUUUCUUCUUGCCCUUCUGCCACUGGUUGGUGUCAGCAGCUAUAGCAAAGUCAGCAUCUGCUUGCCUAUGGACACCGAAACCACCGUGGCUGAAGCCUACGUUGUCUUCGUUUUAAUAUGUAACAUUAUUGCUUUUGUCAUCAUUUGUGCCUGCUACAUAAAAAUCUAUGUAACUGUGCGAAACCCCCAGUACAAGUCAGGGGACAAAGACACCAAAAUUGCCAAGCGGAUGGCUGUGCUGAUUUUCACUGACUUUCUGUGCAUGGCUCCCAUCUCUUUCCAUGCUUUAUCUGCCAUUAUGAACAAACCACUGAUCACUGUCACCAAUUCCAAGAUUUUGCUGGUACUCUUCUACCCACUCAAUUCUUGCGCCAACCCCUUUCUUUAUGCUAUUUUCACCAAAGCUUUCCGAAGAGAUGUGUUUAUCCUACUAAGCAAGUUUGGUAUAUGUGAGCAUCAGGCUCAAGUCUACAGAGGUCAGACCAUCUCAGCCAAAAACAGCAGCGGCUCUUAUGGGCAGAGAAUCAGCCGAGGGAUAGGUCAAAUUCCUACAAGCAUUCAAGACCCAGUCAACGAUUACCUUCCUGCCGUGACAAUGCAGAACCAAAUUCUCAUGGAAGAAUGCAAGCAAACUGAGCUAUGACAUCUCAAAGUAUCCAGACACAAUCUGGUCAAGAGAUGGUUGUACAUACAGUGAAUCGACUAAGAAGAUAACAUGUUCUCCAUAUCCUUUUUCCCUAGCCUAUCCUUUGUGAUGUCUGAAAGCACCUUCAGAGUGGUCUUCUUUUAGACAGGUCACUCAUUUGAACCUCAUCUCACACUUUUAUCAGUGCAGGAUAAAAGAUACUGUUCUGAUGAUAAUGCUGGAAGUAAACUCGAACGCUCUAAGUAGGAAAAGUAAUACAUACAAAACCAGCAAAUAUAAAAUAUGCCCUCAUCUAAAAAAUUUUAAGGAAGCAGGACACAAAGCAUAAAACUUGGGGGUACUUGUAUGACUAAAAAAAGAACAAGGUUUUUUAAUUAAAACAACAUUAAAAAAUACUACAGGCUGAAGUUCUCAAUCGCCAACUGCCUAUCUGUCAAAAAGUUCAACUGGUUUUCUAAUAGUGAAUUUCUAAAACUUCCACCAGGGCCUAAAAUGGAACAUAAUCCUUCUGCUUCUGCCAUCCUGACCAAAAACUACGCUAAUCUUUUGUUUACAGUUCUUGGUUUAGUUGAGCGAGGUGGGAAAAGAAGUCUCUUCAUAUUGCCUUUGUAGCAGUAAAAGGCAAAUAACAUCGAUUUUGCAAUUGUUUAUGAUAAUAGGUAAGAAACACGAGAGCAUUUGUCUUUGUGUGAUGCAAGAAUUCACAGAAUGGCAGGGAACUCUGGAGAUCAUCUAGUCCAACGCCCCUGCCAAAGCAGGGUCAGCUGGAGCAGGCUGCACAAAAUUGCAUUCAGGUGGGAUUUUGUCUCCAGAACAGGAGACUCCACAACCUCUCUGGGCAGCCUGUUUCAAUGUUCCAUCACCCUCAAAGUAAAGAAGUUUUUCCUCACCUUCAGAUGGAACUUCCGGUGUGCCAGUUUGUGGCCGUUGCCCCUUAUCCUGUCACUGGGCACCACUGAAAAGAGUUUGGCCCCAUCCUCUUGACACCCACCCUUUAGAUAUUUAUAAGCAUUGAUGACAUCCCCUCUCAGUCUUCUUUUCUCCAGGGUAAACAGACCUAGGUCUCUCAGCCUUCCUCAUAAGAGAGGUGCUCCAUUCCCUUGAUCAUCUUUGUAGACCUCUGCUGGACUCUUUCCAAUAGUUCCUUGUUUUUCUUUAACUUGGGGGCCCGGAACUAAACAUUACUCCAUACGUGGCCUCACCAGGGCAGAGUA